GAACCGAGUGACUGUCAUACUGCUUCCAAAACCUUGGGUGAACGUAGAUUUUUUUGAGGACUGGAUAAUCACCGCACUGCCAAAGAGAAAUGACUGAUCCCAGCAAGCUGUCCGUGGCCGUUGUCUGCUCCUCGAACAUGAACCGAUCGAUGGAGGCGCACAACUUCCUGGCCAAGAAGGGCUUUAACGUGCGCUCCUACGGAACCGGCGAGCGGGUGAAGUUGCCCGGCAUGGCGUUCGACAAGCCGAAUGUUUACGAGUUCGGCACCAGCUACGAGGACAUCUACCGCGACCUGGAGUCCAAGGACAAGGAGUUUUACACACAGAAUGGUCUGCUACAUAUGCUCGACCGCAAUCGGCGCAUCAAAAAGUGCCCGGAGCGCUUCCAAGAAACCAAAGAGCAGUUCGACAUCAUCGUGACCGUGGAGGAGCGCGUCUACGAUCUGGUGGUGCUGCACAUGGAGUCUUUGGACUCGGUGGACAACCGGCCCGUGCACGUUAUCAAUGUGGAUGUGGUGGACAACGCAGAGGAUGCGCUAAUGGGUGCCUUCCUUAUUACGGACAUGAUAAACUUGAUGGCGAAGUCAACGGAUCUGGACAAUGACAUCGACGAAAUGAUCCAGGAGUUCGAGGAGCGGCGCAAACGGGUCAUUCUGCACUCGGUGCUCUUCUACUGACGACCGACGUCACCGAAACCCAGACAACCAACACCACACUCCCGUAGUCUCCCUGCGUUCCAGCCGAGUGAAUCGCUCGCCCUGCCGCCCAGGAUUGGAUCCUUGUGGCAAAGGGUGUAGGAAACGUGGGGCUGCGGGUCCCGGAAUUGGGAACCUAGCAUCUAAGAAAGUUGUAAAUAGAGAAGGGGCCAUCACACACACACAUACACACACAAAGCAUGCAUGCCCUCACACAACCGAUUCAAAAUCCAAUCUCAACACACACCUGCACUCUCUGGCAAUGGCUCAUGAAUUUGUAAUGAAACAGACACACAGCACUCAUCAAAUGGUGACCAUUACAGCACGGCGGAUCCGUAACCCUUUCAUAUGUAGUAUGUGUACACGUGUCCGUAUUCCUUAUAGUUCCGGCGGAAGAUCCGCAUUCGUUCUGCUCGUCGUCUCUGGAUUUUAUCACUGGGAUUUCUUAACCGACCAUCUGACCGAUACUCCGAUCUCCCGCUCUCACUCUCUUUCCAACUCUUCGCUCUGCUGCGAUACGAUUUGAUUCAUGUGUGAAAACAGAAAAAACUCGCAUUACACAGAGCCGUGCGUGUGCGUAUGCGUGUGUGAAUGGAGAGCCAACCAGGUGCGGAUCGAUGGGGAGAUCGGGGCCUUUGGGGCUCCACCUUGUGGCCAGAGGGGUGUAGUUUCUAAUCUAGCUUAGUUUUUUCAUAUUGUUCAGACAGGGCGCCAGUCCGCCUGCCAUUUUUAUAGCCUAAUCAAUAGCACCCGAAGAUCAUCUGUGCCGAAUGUUUCAAGCAAAAUAGCCAAAGGAAGGCCCGCUGCGGGCUCCAGUACACGAUACUAAAUACAUACAGUGCAAGCUCGAUACGGUGAAUACAAUAAAAACCAACCAAGGCAGAUGACUUACUCAGAUUGUGUUCACAACAAUAAUGAUUGGAAUAAAAAUAGUACGCCAGUCAAGGAGGUUUUCUUGUUGACAUUCAAAAUUUGUUUAUUUUGGUUUAACAAAUGCAUCGGGUUCUGAACACAAAAUGUUGAUCAAAACGAAUCCUAAUUUGAACUUUGGCUGUCAUUCGAACUUAUAUUACCUACACUAUUUUCUUUUUAAAAUUUUUAUAGCACGGUUAUUUAAACAAGAGCUUUGAGUCCCCAAAUUACUUUUUGGUUUAAAGUUUGUAAGAUAUAUUUAAAAUUGUGUGCCUCUAUGUGUUACAAAUAGCCGAUGCAUAUCUGUUUACUGAAAGCAAAUAUUUUAAAGUUAAUAUACACAAUGUUUUUGCUAUUAUAUUAUUUCGAUCCGCAAAAUACAAUGAUAAAACGUUACUGAGUUUGCACAUUCA